UCUGUUGUUUUACAUCUUACCUAAUAGGAAUACGAAACCAUGGCCGCUGCAAUUAGUUGGUUGUCCCCUCUAAAUGGGCACCGUCUUAGCGGCUUCACUUCUCUUUAUUUCCCUUCCCGACCCUGCAUACAGAGCGGCAACAGAGCGAGUGAGUACUUUUCCUCUCUGUUGCAGAGUAGCAAUGGCAAAGGAACCUCUUUCCUGUUGCCUCUCUCUUCGUAUUCAAAGGAGAAGGGGAAGAAUAAUAAGUUUCUACCCAAAAGGAACGCAUCAAUAACAGCUCAAGCACAGUUGGAGGAGGAAGAAGGAAGAAGAAAUACAGGGCAGGGCCGAGGAAGAGACACAGAUGAUAAAUCAUUUUAUGUGGGCAAUCUUCCAUAUAGCGUGGACAGCACGGAGUUGUUGAAGCUCUUCAAGGAUGCUGGCAAUGUCACCAAGGUGGAGGUAAUAUAUAACAAAGAUACAGGAAGAAGCCGGGGUUUUGCCUUUGUGACCAUGGCAACCAGAGAAGAAGUCUCUGAAGCCGUGGACAGGUUUAAUGGAUAUGAGUAUCGGGGCAGAACUUUGAGGGUGAGUUCCGGGCCACAGCCUGUGAAGAACAAUUUCACAUCUAGGGUUGGAUUCAGAAACGUACGGUCUGGUGGUGGGGGUUUUGAUUCUGCAAAUCAAAUAGAGACAGGGCGGUCUAGGGGUUUUGCUUUUGUCACCAUGUCAUCUUCUGAGGAAGUGGAGGCAACUAUUUCCUCUCUUGAUGGGGCUGAUAUGGAUGGGAGACCACUGAGAGUGAGGAUAGAAUAGGCGCACCCUGCCCAGUGUGAGUUUUCUGGCAACGCUUGUGUUUUUCUCUUUCCAAUUUUAUUUUAGCUUAGCUACUGCGCGACAUUUUCCUAAAUUUGUGUGCUACCUUUUUUGGUGGGCUUGUUUAUCUCAUGAGACAAAAUAUGAGAUGGUUUUUGGCUUGUAAGAAAUGAAUUUUGUACAGUAUUGCUAUCACGAUUCUCUUUCCUUGUACCUAAAUUUUAUUAGCAAUAGGUUGUAUAAAACUGCCACAUACAUAAUGUGGAAAAUAUUGUUAGGCCACUGGAAGGAAGGCUUCAUAUGCAAAGUUCCAUUGUUUAAAAUCAGAGUUCAACAAGCGACUGCAUACAAUAGAGGAAGAGCAUCAGUUAGCGUUCAUGUUCCAAUAACCGUUCACUCCUUGCACACCCAACCUCCCAAUUACUAGCUUUAAAAAAAAAAAAAAGAACAACUAAAAGCUCAUUAAUAAAUUACACAUGUACCAAUAGCUGCUCAUUUUUUAGCUUUUUUGAGCCAUGAUUGGCUCAUUUGUGCAUUUUUAUUGGUACGCAUGAUACACAACUACUGGGACAUUUAUGCAUAAGUAUUGGUGAUUUUUAAGUGCACGGUUAUUGGGGCAUCUUUAAAUAGGUAUCAGGCGACACUUUGAAAAGUGUACUUUUUGACUCUUGCAUGCAUAAUGGAUCCCACAACGUGCAUCAUUACUACCCAGAAGCCAAAUCAAUAGCUAUAAGCAGUUAAGUCGCAUGUGGAAAAAAAUGUCAAAAUUCGAUGGUUGCAUGAAGUUAGCUAUAACGGCUACUAUUAUGCUUCCCUAUUAUCAUCUCAAUGUAUUUCUUAUUUAGUUUUGUAUUUACAUUUAAACAUUUGGGAUAAUGUAUAAAUGUAUCUGUAUAAUUGCAAAUAAGUAUACUAAACCUUUCUUGUA